CGCGCUCCCCGCACCCUGACCCCUUCGGGCGAGAGGUUGAGGUUUCAAGCAGUCGCCUUCCCAGGAUUUAACGCCAGGGUCAAGAGUGUGCGUGGGGAGGGUGUUGGGGGAAGGCGGUGCAAACCAGAGGAGCUGAGCUUUGACUUGUGGCCAAGAAAUAAGCGACGCGGGCCCUCCGGGCAGCAGAGAGGAACCGGGGGCUCUAUCGCUUCCUUGUCGUCCAUCCCCAGACUUCAGAAGGAAAGAACGAAAAGUCUCAAACGAUGGGGGCGCGGACCCCCCUCCCAACCGAGCGCACAGUUGUCACCCGGAUCGGGCACCGGGGCGGGGGCGGGAAUGGGGUACUUUCCUGGCCUCACGGUGGCAAGCCGGCGUGGAAAAGGGCGGGGCGCCCCAGCCGAAGGAGCGGUACGGGUUUGGGCCGGGUGGCUGCGCAGGGGACGUAGGUGGUCUGUCCCUGUCCGAUCUGCUCUGGCGGUGCACCAGGCGAGGCCAGGCUUGGCCCGGGCUCUCUAGAGCGGGGAUGCGUGAGCCGGGCCAGAAAGGACGCGGGCUGGGCGGGUGCAGGAAGCUGAAGCCGGACCCAGGCCCGAAGUGGGGCCGUCCCUCGUAGCUCCAGCUGGCGAUUUGAAGGGCUCUCGGCGACACAGUAUGAAGCAGUGGGAAAUCACCCCCUUUGACCCAAAUGCCCUGUUUGGGGGUUUUCCCUCGCACCCUGGCCUUCCCCACCCUCGUCUUGGGAGGAAGCCGAGAGGUUUCUUCCUGCCGCACCUGCCGCUCUGGAGGUUUAGCCUGUCUGCGCGGCGAGGAGGCAGGGCCCAGGGAGUGCCGAAGUCAGUCACCUGCAGAGGGCGGGAUUUAGGGUCACGCCUGGUGCAGGGUACCCCUUGCUUUCUCCCUACGCUGGGUGUGGGGUUUGCAGGGAGACCCUCUGACCCAGGCAACUCGAGGGGUAACGGGGUGUCCAGCUCUGCCACUGCUCAAGCCACAGGCCUUUUCCUACUCUACCCUCCCCGUGCCGCCCACCAGGCUGUUCUAGGGGCCUCUCCUGGGACUUCAGCAGGGCCCUGGAUUGACUGUGGGGGACUCGCCACCCCAGCAGGGCUCCAGGGCUGCCUCCUCUGGAUGCUUCACCGCCUGACCACUUGGGGAGGCUUCUCUAGGUCCUCAGCAGCCCACGCCCCUCUGACAUUUCCACAGCCAUGUUUCCAGGGCUCAGAGCCACCAUCCUAGGUCUGGGGGGAUCCCUGAAUUUGAAGACAGGCAGGUGUGUUCAGACGUGGAAAUUCAGAUCUCACAGGCAUGGGGCUGGUCUGAAGCCAGUCUAAACCCACCUCUGGACGAGCAGGAUUGAUAUUGAGCCUGGUCCCUGUCAAGGGGAAGGACCUGGCUGCGGUGGAAUGGCUGGGGUGGGGGUGGGGGGUCAACAGUUUGGCUUUAGGGACCCACAUAUGAAUUUUCUCCGCCCACUCCCACCCUCCCUCAGCGCAUAGUGAGUCAGGUUUCUUAGUUGUCCACUUUCAUUUCCCCUGGGGCUGGGUGGAGGCUGGUGUAGGAAGAGGAACUGAGCCACAGCCCUCUGAGGGGGGAGGGAGAGGGCUGGAGCCUUCCCACCCUCCCUGUCCGGAGCCGCCAGCUUUACUCUUCAUGGGCUGAGCUGGGCACCACUCUGAAGCCUGCAGAGGGACAUUCUGGCAGCCUGGAGGUGGCACGUAGCAGCCACAACCCAAAAGACCUCUUUGCCAUGAACCCACCGCCCCCUGGGGCUCCCUCUCAGCCCCGCCGAGUGCGGCUAAAGCCCUGGCUGGUGGCCCAGGUGAACAGCUGCCAGUAUCCAGGGCUUCAGUGGGUCAACGGGGAAAGGAAAUUAUUCUACAUCCCCUGGCGCCAUGCCACAAGGCAUGGCCCCAGCCAGGAUGGAGACAACACCAUCUUCAAGGCCUGGGCCAAAGAGACGGGGAAGUACACUGAGGGGGUGGAUGAGGCAGAUCCAGCCAAGUGGAAGGCCAACCUACGCUGUGCCCUCAACAAGAGCCGAGACUUCUGCCUCAUCUAUGACGGGCCCCGGGACAUGCCGCCUCAGCCAUACAAGAUCUACGAGGUCUGCUCUAACGGCCCUGCUCCCACAGAGUCCCAGCCUACUGAGGAUUAUGUGGUUCCAGGAGAGGAAGAGGAGGAGGAGGAAGAAGAGCUUCAGAAGAUGUUACCAGGCCUGAGACUCACAGAAGCAGUGCAGCCUGGUACCUCCAUGGCGCCCUAUUCUUUACCGAAAGAAGAUGUCAAGUGGCCACCCGUUCUCCCACCACCUGUGGGGCCUGCUUUGGACCCCAACGUGCUGGUCCCUGCACCUGGCAACCCCGCUGGCUUCGGGCAGCAUCUCCCUGAGGUCCUGCCUAGUCCUGAGCCCCUGGCUCCCACCCUGCCCCCAGCAAGCGAACAGCUAUUGCCUGACCUGCUUAUCAGCCCCCACAUGCUGCCUCUGACUGACCUGGAAAUCAAGUUCCAGUACCGGGGACGGCCACCCCAAGCCCUCACCAUCAGCAACCCACAAGGCUGCCGGAUCUUCUACAGCCAGCUGCAGGCUACCCAGGAGCAGGUGGAACUCUUUGGCCCCGUAAGCCUGGAGCAAGUUCGCUUUCCCAGCCCCGAAGAUAUCCCCAGCGACAAGCAGCGCUUCUACACGAACCAGCUGCUGGAUGUCCUAGACCGUGGGCUCAUCCUCCAGCUGCAGGGCCAGGAUCUGUAUGCCAUCCGCCUGUGCCAGUGCAAGGUGUUCUGGAGUGGGCCCUGUGCCUCCAUUCAGGGCUCGAGCCCUAAUCCCAUUCAGCGGGAAGUCAAGACCAAGCUCUUCAGCCUGGAGCAGUUUCUCAAUGACCUCAUCCUGUUCCAGAAGGGACGCACUGACACCCCACCAUCCAUUGAGAUCUUCUUCUGCUUUGGGGAGGAGUGGCCUGACCGAAAACCCCGAGAGAAGAAGCUCAUUACUGUACAGGUGGUGCCUGUUGCAGCCCGGUUACUUCUGGAGAUGUUCUCAGGGGAAUUUUCUUGGUCAGCUGACAGCAUCCGACUGCAGAUCUCAAACCCAGACCUCAAAGAUCACAUGGUGGAACAGUUUAAGGAGCUGCAUCACAUCUGGCAGGCCCAGCAGCAGCUGCAGCCUGUGGCCCAGGGCCCUCCCGUGGCAGGCCUGAGUGCUGGCCAGGGGCCCUGGCCCAUGCACCCCAUUGGCAUGCAAUAAUGGGGUGGGUAGUGGCUGUGCAGAGUGAUGAGACAAUCUGGUAGCCCCAGCAGGCCUGGCUGGCUGCAGAGUCCAAUGUCUGGAUCUCCUUGAGGUGGAUUUAGGCCCAGGAUAAAGAAGAGGCCUAUGCACCUGUUAUCCCUGCAGAGCUUUGCUUGCAGGGCUGGCUUCCUGGGCCUGCCUCUCCUGUGCUCCCUCCACUGGCUCUGGAGAAACCCAGCCAGCAGUCUCCCUGAGCAGGGAAGGAAUGCCCCCACUGUAGGGCCUAUGUGUGCAGGGUGGAUUGCCCCACGGCGCCCCACUCUUGUGGUUGCUCCAUUUCCUCUGGCAAAAAGAGCCUGAGAAUGCAGGAGAUUUAGCUCAGUGGUUCCACUGCCUGCCUUGCAAGUGCAAGGUCCCAAGUUUGAUCCCCGGUACCCACUCCAAAAAAAGCUUGAGAAGCACUGGGGGCCAGGUCCCACUGCUUGGCCUCUGCAGGGAAUGGGCCUGAUUGGAGGUUCCCUAGUUUGAGCCUCACUUUCCCAUCUUUCUCUCUCAAGGUGAAUAUAAGCCUUUAGACAUCACUUAAGGCUGGCACUACCUGCUGCCUUCUUCAGAGUUUAAGAAUCUGGAGUAGAGUGUAGAUAUAUUUUUGGAUUAAAAAGUUAAAAAACGUAUUUGGCUGGUUCUUUACUUUUCUCCAGUGGUGUGGUCUCCAUGCUAUUCUUUGAGCCUCUCAGGUACCAGCUGGCCCCUCUAGCACCUGUCCUUUAGCUUUGGCCACUGGCAUGAGGACUGCCUGCCUUUCAGUCACUAAGUAAGCUGGGCCUUCACCAACACUCACCUGGCUGGUUUUGCUUCCAGGAGGAAGAUGUCCGAAAAGCUGUCCGGAUUUCCCAUUGUUUGGGACCAUUACAAUCUGUCAUCCUCGUUUUUGUAUGCUAUUAUAUUAAUAUAACAUAAUUAUAUUAUAUGAUACAUGCAAAUUAGCUCAUCAUUUGUUUUGGGUUUUUUUGGUACCGGGGUUCAAACUUGGGUCCUUGUGCUUACGAGGCAGGCGCUGAACCACUGAACUAAAUCCCCAGCUCUAGUAGCUCAUCAUUUGAAUCUAGCUCACAGGUGUAAUUAUGUCUUGAACAAUCUAUUGUAAUUUUAUUUUAUUUGCUUUCUUUUUUCCCUGGUACUGGGGGU